AUGCAUGCCGCAGCAAGAGAACACAAGGGCCCCGAGGGGCCCCUGGGGCCCCCCUCCCUUCGUUCUACCUGGCUACGAGGUGUGGGGCCCCCGUCAACCUGCUGGACCUCUCAGCAGCCCUCAGCAGCAGCAGCAGCAACAACAACAUCAAGAGCAGCAGCAACAGCAACAACAAACGGGUACCAACAGAAUCAUCAUGACGAGGAGAAUAAGAAUAAGGAGAACCAUGAACAGCAGCAGCAACAGCAGGAGCAGCCGCAGCAUUUGCUGCUACAAUUAGAUCGUAGUUGUAUAGCAGCAGCAGCAGAUGUUGUGCUGCUGCAGCUAGGACCAUUAAGGAUAGGAGCAGCAGAAGCAGAACAUCAUCUUGUAUCUAUUAAACAUAUUAUUGAAUCUAUACUUACUAAUCAAGAAAUACUUGAUGGAGAAAGGUAUAGGAGGGCCCCUGAUCGUUUACGGGCAUUAAGCAGCAGAUUGCUGCAGCGGCUGCUGCUGUCUUCUUAUUGCUGCUGCAACCCUCAGCAUAUUGUCAUAGAAAGAAAGGAGACACGCAGCAAACCUAUCUGGAAACCCUCUCCUGGGGAGACGGCAGAUUUUGUACACUUCAAUGUCUCUCACGAUGAAGGCCUUGUCGUCUUUGGGGCUUCCAGACACCUCGUGGGUGUUGAUUGCAUGCGUUGCUCUCCAAGAGGCAGGGACAUAUCUUCUUUCUUACAACAGAUGAGGAGACACUGUACAUUAAGGGAUUGGUCUUAUAUUAUAGCUGUACAUACACCUGAACAACAACUUAGAAGAUUUAUGAGAGUGUGGACGGAUUUUUAUUUUCGUCUAGAGGAGGAGGAGGCCCCUGAUUAUGUUAUUUGUGUAUGUGUGGGGCCCCCUAGUAGAGCAAUAGAUGAAUAUAAGAAAUGCAUGCAGCCUAUGAGAGUUGUGGUUCUAUAA